GGUCUGUAGCACUUUUUUUUUGCUUCUCCUUCUUCCUCUGGUCUCCUUCAGUUGGUGCUGAUUGCACCCAACUGGUUGCAGGUGAGACUGGCUGCAGGCUUGGCCCUCUGCCUCAGCCUGCCAUGAGUUUUUGACUUUUUUUUUUUUUUUGUAGCUUUGGCCUGGUGGGACCAGCCAUUUUUUCGUGAGUAUGUCUUUCUUAUCAUUUUAUGAUGGUCUUUUUUGUUAGUUUAGUUUGUUGUGGUUGUGGCUUCGACGGCCCUGUGUAGAUUUAUCCCACUGCCACACCUUUUUGUUUUAUUUGGCUGGCUCACCAGGUCCAUCUUUUGUUUGAACUUUGAGUUUUGACUUUUGGAUUAGUAAUUUAUUUUGGGAAGACAAUGGUCCUUAAAAUUUCCCUCUCUCUUUUUUGCAGCUUUACUGUGGGCUGGGUUAAUGUUUAUUGACUGCCUGAUAAAAUUCCAUCACCUAUAAAAACUGCAGCAGACUCCAGCAAACAGCCUGCUGCUGCUCAGGGCCCGAGGGAAAACAAGACAAAUCAGGAAUCGUUGGUUACGUAAAUCAAAGAAAUGGUCACAAAAACCGUCUCAGUGGCACUCGCGUUGCUGCUGUUGGCAUCUGCUGCCACCUUUGUGGGGGUCUUCUUUGGCGUGAAGAGGAGAGAGACGGGUUACCUGAAGGCAGCUGUGGCGGCAGAUGCUGGUCCGUGUUCAGAGGUCGGCAGAGACAUACUUUUAAAAGGAGGGUCUGCAGUCGAUGCCUCUAUAGCCACAUUAUUAUGUGUUGGACUAAUGAAUGCUCACAGUAUGGGGAUAGGUGGAGGCCUUUUCCUUAUGAUCUUUGAUGCAAAAACUGGGAAAACUGAAGUCAUUAAUGCCAGAGAGACAGCACCCCGCAAUGCAACAAGGGACAUGUUUGGGAACAGUACAGAUUUAUCUCAGAAGGGAGGCUUAUCCAUCGCUGUACCAGGAGAGCUUCUAGGGUACAAGACGGCCCACGACCGUCACGGCAAACUGCAGUGGAAAGAAUUGUUCCAGCCAAGCAUUGAGCUCGCAGAAAAAGGAUUUCCUCUGGGCAGAGCGCUCGCCACAGCUUUGUCCAAAAACAGAAACACCAUCCGAAAAGACGAAGCUCUGUGUGAGGUGUUUUGUGGAAAAAAUGGUGACAUUCUAAAAGAAAACGAAACCAUUAAAUUUACCAAACUGGCAGAAACCUACAGAAAGAUAGCUGAGAAGGGAGUUAAAGAGUUUUAUGAGGGCGAAACGGCUGAGAAUCUUGUCAGAGAUAUUCAGGCAUCAGACGGCAUCAUCACAAUGGAGGAUCUGAAGAACUAUGAGCCUGUCUUGGAUGAAAAUCCUUUAAGGGUGAAUGUGGGGGAGUACACCAUGGUUGUUCCCAAUGCCCCCGCUAGCGGGCCUGUGCUAUCACUGAUAUUAAACAUCUUGAACGGGUAUAAGUUCAAUGCAGACAGUGUAGCAAGCACAGAGAAAAAGGUCCUGACCUACCAUCGCAUCGUGGAGGCAUUUCGUUUUGCAUACGCCAAGAGAUCAAUGCUCGGAGAUCCGUACUUCCUCAACAUCACAGAAUUAAUCCACAACAUGACUUCUACGUCUUAUGCGGAUAGUAUCCGUGAAAAGAUCACUGAUGAAACAACCCACCCAAUAAGUUACUAUGAACCAGACUUUUACCUGCCAGACAAUCAUGGGACGUCACACCUGUCUGUGGUCUCAGAGGACGGAAGCGCCGUGUCGGCCACCAGCACCAUCAACCAUUUUUUGGGCUCCAAAGUCUUGUCGAGAUCAACGGGGAUUCUUUUCAACAACGAGAUGGACGACUUCAGCUCCCCGCUCAUCACAAAUGGCUAUGAUGUUCCUCCGUCCCCGAACAACUUUAUCAAGCCAGGGAAAAGACCAAUGUCUUCGAUGUGUCCAGCCAUCCUUUUUGACAAAAACAACAAAGUAAAGAUGGUGGUCGGAGGUUCAGGAGGAACAAAAAUCACCACUUCUGUUGCUCAGGUUAUUCUGAAUGCUCUGUUCUUCAACUAUGAUCUGAACAAAGCUGUAACAGAACCGAGGUUCCACAACCAGCUGAGUCCCAACAAAACCGAGGCAGAACCUGACUUUGACAAAAAUAUCCUGGAUGGUUUGAUGGAAAAGAACCACGAGACAAAAUAUCUGACUUCAACAGGAGCUAACAUUCAGGCUGUGGUCCGAUAUGAAGACGGUCUGCUCGCCAAGUCGGAUCCUCGUAAAUUUGCGUAUGCAGCUGGGUACUGAGGUCAUCAGCACACCUCAUGCAGCGUGAAUGUUUGAACUUUGACACCAUCGGUUAAAACCUUACGGAUUAAAACCUUAAAGCCAACAACAACCAUCAAUAAUGUGAGACAGGUGUUCUGCACAAAGUUACAAUAAUGUUCCAUCACACAGUGUUUAAGUUAUUUCUAAUCUCUGCUGAAUUUGUGUGUCACAUUAUGGUUUUGUAAGUAAUAAAAAUGUAAAGCAUGUUUUUAAAGGAAGUUAUGCAUCGUUUUAGACAUUUAUUUGAAAAAACGAAAUCAGUGCAACACAAAAGUGCUGAUCCUACACUUUUUAAGACAAAGCACAAUGUUUGGGAUCACACAUCACAAAAGUUCAGAUUCUUACCUAUUUAUUAAGUACUUUUUGAAAUUAUUAUCAGACUCCGGCUGCCUUUGGCUGUUAAACAUGAGGUAUAGGAGGAUGAUGGGUAACAAAGAGCUCAGUCUGUAACACCUCAGGGACAGAUUGUUCCAGCAAAAACGAUAAUGACUCAAAAUAAUUUCCCACAGCCCUGAGUGCAGCAGUAGUGACCUCAUCUUAUUAUAUCUGGUGAACCCCCCCCACCCCCACCCUCCAUCACCACUGGGAUCAAGGAGUCAUCUCUUCUCCCCUGAAUGAAAAUGCUCUUAAUGUUUUGGAUGAUGUUUCAAUAAAGGGAUUUUACAAGAAGAAA